AUGGACGUGCAGGUGCUCGAGGCGCACACCAAACCAGGAGGCUGCGCGCACUCGUUCAUGCGCCGCGCGGGUGAGCACGAGGUCCACUUUGACUGCGGCACGUCGCUCUUCUUCGGCCUCAAGGACCGCCCGAGCGAGGGCGGCGUGGCGUCGGACAACCCGAUCGCGGCGGUGCUGGAUCUGUUGGGAGAGGACUUGGAGGUGGUGGAGUACGGGGAGGAGCAGACGCAGCUGGUGUUCCCGGAGGGGUCGGUGCGGACGAACAUCGGGAGCCGGGCGUUCGCGGAGCACGUGGAGGGCAUGUGGGGCCGGCGCGCGCGGCUGGAGCUGGAGGCGGUGCAGGGGGAGUGCGCGAGGCUGCAGGCGGGCGCGGUGAGCAUCCACCCGAUGGCGGUGCGGUACGACAACGGCAUCGCGGCGACGGCGGCGCUGCGGUCGCCGUUGAAGCUGGCGUCGUCGCUGCUGCACGAGCGCGAGGUGGGUUCGCGGCGGUUCGGGGACAUUGUGCGGCCGCUGGCGUCGGACCCGCGGAUCGUGGAGUUCAUCGACGUGCUGUGCCGCGCGACGUCGGGGAUCGGGAUGGACGAGGUCAACGCGACGUACAUGGUGCGCGCGUUCAACCAGCUGUAUCAGGAGGGGGUGUCGCUGGAGUACCCCAUCGGGGGCGGUCAGGCGAUUGUGUCGGCGCUCGUGCGGGGCCUGCGGAGGGCCGGGGGGCGGCUGUCGCUGCGGUGCACCGUGGAUAACGUGGUCGUGGAGGGCGGCAGGGCGGUGGGCGUGCGGCUGCGCGACGGCCGCGUGGUGCGCGCGCGCAAGGCGGUGGUGUCGAACGCGACCGUCUGGGACACGCGCAAGCUCCUGUCGGACCACGGAGACGAGCACCUCGACGACGACUUCGUCAGCACGCUCGAAGACGUCUCCCCGCACGAGAGCUACGCGCACCUGCACGCGGUGUUCCACGCGGACGACGCACAGCCCCCGCCGGCGCUCCACACCUUCUUCUUCGACCCCGCCUUCCUCGCCGGGGGCGCCAGCGGGUGGCCCACGGUCUGCGUGCCCAGCGCCGUGGACCCCACCGCCGCCCCGCCGGGCAUGCACACGAUGCACAGCUACCUCAGCGAGCCCUACGAGCCGUGGGAGGGCCUCGACCCCCGCUCGGAGGCCUACAGCGCCCUCAAGCGCGAGCGCUGUGCAGUCACGUGGGACCUCGCGGAGCAGGCCGUGCCGGGGAUGCGCGAGCGGGUCGUGGGCGCGUGGGAGGGCACGCCGCUGACGCACGAGCGGUUCCUGCGGCGCCACCGCGGCACGUACGGCCCGCGCAACCUGCAGUCGAUCCAGUCCAUGCCCGAGGCGGUGUGCCCCGUGCCCGGGCUGUUCGUGUGCGGGGACUCGACGUUCCCGGGCAUCGGGACGCCCGCGGCGGCGGCCAGCGGGAUGUGGGUGGCCAACACGCUGGGCAGCCUCGGGGCGCACUGGCGCGCCAUGGACGCGCUGAAGCUGUGA